AUGAACGGGAUGUAUCUUAAGGCCAGUGUGAUAAGCCUAGAAUCAGCGCCAAUCAUAGCCCGCGUGGCUGACUGGAUAUCUUGCGCGAGUGUAGCUAUUUUUGUAAUCUGCUCGCUAUUUUUUUUUAAAUACGUAUUGAACAGAGAAGUUGCUGUCCUACAAGAAGAGAACAGUCACCUAAAGAGGCUACUUGCUAGUAGUUCGAGUAGACCGGGAACCCCUCACAAUUAUCGCAACUCACCAGGGGCAGCCCCAAUGAAACGAGGUCACACACCAUCUCCGACGGGCAGCCAGUGCUCAGCUUCACCUUACGGUAGGAUCACACCUAACAGCUCACAGAAAGAGAAUAAAGCAUCAAACCAGUGGCAGAACCAGUUAUCCCGCACAGCGUCUGGCCCCACGAGAUUGUCUGUCAGGACUCCACCUUGUAACGGGUUUAUGGGUACAAUCAGAAAAACACCAUCUCCAAACAAACAGCCUUUGUCGCGUCCAGGGUCCGCAGGAGGAACACCUGGGACUGUUCUUAGAUCCCACCUUCAAGGGAUGCACCUGUCCAGGACGGCCAACACUCCGGGAAGUUAUGAAGCAGCUACGCCCUCAGGGCUUGGAGCAACCGGGGUUUCGUAUUCUCCCAUGUCAUCGCCUGCCAUGUUAUUAACAAACAGGUCGAGCACACCAGGCAACAGUGGACUAAGCAACAGAUCACAGUACACAACUCCCUCAUCAUCUCAAGGCGCAACACAAAUUAGUUCUACACCCCACCAGACCGACUGCCCCAGCCGUACGUACAAUAUUGAGUCAAUAGUUUGUCGUUUCGUACCGUGCAAUUUGGUUAAGACAAUUCAGGGGUCCACAGUUAGGUAAUUUUCAUUUUUUUCACCACAGAGGAAGUUGAGAUGUCGACGCCGCCAAGUCAACUAGACCCUUCCAGAAGACAAAUACAGGUGCUAUUAUCGCUUUUCUUCUCUCUUUAUUUUAUCUUUCUUCUCGUGGUUUUAUUUUCAUCACUCGUUAUUUUGUUUUCAACAGCUAAGAUACCAACCGAGAUCAGCGGUAAUAAACAAGCAACCAUUUGUGUGAGUAUUGAGAAAGCGUGUUUAAUUGAAUACUCAAUUGGGAGAACAAGUACCAUUUUCAUGCCUUACUAACUUUGUCAUCCAGCAGACUACGCCGCGAGGAGAAUGGGAAGAGACGCAGAAAGCCCUAGGACUAUUAAUUUUAUCUAUCAGCUCGAAAUGAUUUGUUUCUUUUUUUAAUUUUGAGUUCACCACGCAAUUUGCACAUUGCGAAUAUCUAAACCUUCCUCUUUGUAUUGGUUAGCAAUUUGGCUUACCUAUACUUGUCUUAGCUAUGUUAACAUAACAAACUGCCGGCUUUGUCGGUCUGAUGGAGACGCAUCUCCACUUCAGUUCCCGACUUGUUCUGAGUUUCUAACGGUAAGAGAACUUUCACUCACUGUUCUGUGCUUUUUUAUGAUCAAGAAUUAAGAGCUAACGUCCGUACUGUUAAGUCUAGCUCCGUUCGCUGUGCUCAAAUAACUGAACCACUUUGACUGAGAACGUUUGAAACUACAGAUUGGAUACACAAGCCUUAGUGAAAACAGGCGUUAUUUAUAAAGACAGCCCGCGUAUGUCAUAUCAGCAAUUCGAUUUUCAGACAAGACAUCCCACCACAUACAGUCUUCGAGUUACCUAUGGCUUAAUGGUUUCGUUCUCGAUAUUUGUUCCUUAGAUGUUCAUUUACCAGGCUUAAGAGAUACUUAUCUCUCGAGUGCAUUUGGAGAAUUUAUUAAGCAGUUUGCGUAGGCGGCAUCUCAACAAAGCACCUGCUGUUAUAGUUGUCCUCGCCGGUUUUGCGAGGAAGUUGCCGUUUACUCCUGUCUUCCGGCGGAAGUCUGAUGAAACAUACCGCAUAGGAUUAGCCUACCAUUAAACGUUUU